AUGGCGUUCGCCUCCUCCAUCGCGAUGGCUUUGGCCUCGCAGACUCCCUCGGUCGCCAUUCCGAAUGCGCGCGCUGUCGCCGACUACUCUGGCACCGCCAACUUUGAAAAGGCCGCCAGCGCUCUGCUGACUCCUCCUACCUCCGUGUCUCCGGAGCUGGACCCCCGGCCACGCCGUUCGGCUGCUUACUCUCCCGAUGAUAACGAUAUGGAUAUGGAAGGCAUGGUGGAGGAUAACAAGCAACCCAGCGGAACGCCCCUCAGUCGAGGCGCAUUAUCUAGCUUGGAUGGCGCCGCGACUAUAACGCCUUCCAUGCUGGCCAAGCACCACUUGCCUGGCAUAAUGCUUGGAAACGGUCCACGGCCAAUACGACACGUCAUGGGUGAGCUGACUCAGACUGUCCCUGGCUUUUCCAGCAUACCUCCAGCAAAGGCCAGGCGCAUCGUUGUCGCUGCUUUGGAGAACCGAGCUGGUGGCGGGCCUGACGGGAGCGUCGCUUUUUGCAAGACUGGCUGGGGACGGUGGGAUGCUCAUGUCAAAGGCUCACUCCGCGACUCUGGCCUAGGUUCAUUCAACGAGGGCCACUUAUCGCCACCCCGAAGUGAGCAAGGCAGCUAUGCCAUGUCUCACAGCGACUCCGCCAUCCAUAUGCACGCUGCGCAGCUACCUGCCAAGUACCGGGAGCAGUACUCGGGGGGUAGUUGGACGGCUUCAAGCAUUCGGGAAGAGGAUGAGCCGGACAUGGACAUGGAUCCUCUUGAGGAAGCCGCCGAUAAGAUGUCAUUGGAUGGAGUAUCAUCCGAUGACUCUUCAGACACGAACGACGAGACUGACGACGAGGACUGGGCUGCAGUCGGCGUCGAUGCGUUGCGGAAGGCUUCACUGCCCACUCCCAACAUGAUGCCUCGGCAGAGCUAUCGGGCCGUCAGUAUCCCGUAUAAUGGACCUUGGGCGUCCAAGAGUUGGACCAGACGACCUUCUGCCAAUGGAGGUCCGUCUCACUCGUCGUCUGUCCCGGUGCAGUACCACGGCAUGCACACCGCCGGCCAAACACUGGAUGAGCAGACGGCCGUUGCUGCGCUUUUGAGCAUGGGCAGCAUGUGA